GAAGUGCCUAUUCUGGGAUGUUUCUCAGAGAGUCGGAGCCACAUCUGGCUGCCUUGAUAGCCUGGAGAAGAACGUCGUGUGGCACACUGAUAGCCCACGCUGCUGACUCAUGGUGGCUGGGGGACCUCUGUGGAAAUUCCCCACCAGCACCGCUGGCCGGCAGCAGGUCUCUCCGCACACCUCGCCACCGUUUCUGGCUCACAAUUCUGGAGCGAGGAAAGGGAAAGAGACGGGGCAGCUCGCAGCCUUGGGUGACGUUCGGGCUUGGAGUGGGACGUGUCUCUUCGCCGGAGAGAGGCUGCUGCCCAGGCGAACCACCGUUCCUGUCACAGCUUCCACCUGCUUCCUUGCCGGUCACAGCGAAAGCAGCGUUCGUCAGCAGCGACGACCGGCAGGCCAAAGGAGAGAAGAUGGCAAGCCGACUCCGUAACCCCUUGAAGGAACCGGAGAUCGAGCUGUUUGUGAAGGCUGGCCUGGAUGGGGAAAAUAUCGGAAAUUGCCCUUUCUGUCAAAGCCUCUUCAUGGUGUUGUGGCUGAAAGGUGUCCGGUUCAAUGUGACCACAGUGGAUAUGACAAGAAAACCUGAUGAGUUGAAGGAUCUGGCUCCAGGAACCAAGCCUCCGUUUGUAGUGUUCAACAAGGAGCUGAAAACCGACUUCCUGAAGAUUGAAGACUUUCUGGAACAGACUCUGUCACCACCCAAUUACCCGGCGCUCACCCCGAAAAACAAGGAAUCCAUGGAUGUGGGCAGGAACAUUUUUGCCAAGUUCUCUGCAUACAUCAAGAACCCUCACAAGGAAGCAAAUAAAAAUCUGGAGAAAGCUUUGCUGAAAGAGUUCAAGCGCUUGGACGACUAUUUAAAAAACCCGCUCCUGGAAGAAAUUGAUCAGGAUUGUGCUGAGGAAAUUCUAGUCUCUGAGAGGAGAUUCUUGGAUGGAAACUGGAUGACGCUGGCUGACUGCAACCUGUUGCCAAAGCUCAACAUCAUCAAGAUUGCAGCAAAGAAAUACCGCAACUUUGAGAUUCCCCCAGAGAUGACGGCUGUCUGGCGCUAUCUCAACAAUGCUUAUGCUCGCGAUGAGUUCAGCCACACCUGCCCAGCUGAUGCGGAGAUUGAACGCACCUAUGCCAGCAUGGCCAAGAAGAUGAGCUAAGGGCCAGAUAUCCCAAAGGCGUCAUUCCGGUUGGCACCUGAAACAUCCAACGUUCCAUCGAAGGUGGAGCUCCUUAUCAGGCGAGCUGUUUUCACCAUGCUGGCUUCAAGAGAGUCUCCCUGGUCUGGACGCUCCAACACACUAGACCUCAAGGAGUCCUUCAAAACUUUUAUGAAAAAAAAUCUCUUCACUCACCAUUAUCUUCUUCCCGUGAUGAAUGGACUACGUGUGGGGGGAUUUUUGUCCCAGUGCAUAUGCUUUAAACACAGCUGAGUACUCAUGACCCUUGGGUAUGACUGGUAUGAGGAGGGCGUGAGUUUGCUUACUCAGCUUUCAGUUCACUCCUUGGCUCUGCUCUUCAGGCAACACACAAGGGAGUCUGGUAACUUUUGCAGAAGCAUCUUUGUCACUUCCAACGUGAGAAACACUAACUCCCAAAGGACUCCAUUGCACAUGGCUUCAGCCCCAAAACCUGCAUUAAAACAGAGGCCUCACCUCAACCCUCCAAGAAGGAGAAACUUAGAGCAUCUCUACAUUAAGGAAACAAACGCAUCCUUAACAGACUUUUCUCCCUCAAGUCUUUCCACAUUCACUACAGGCUCCUUCAGACGGCGACCAUCUGAUUUGUAAUUGAAAACUUCCCCUCUGGGCAAUGCUCAGUUAAAUGAAAUAGUGCCAUCUAGUAGCGGAAUUAAUCCAGCGAUUAUUUUAACUACUGCAUAAUCUCCAUUUUUUUUAAAGCAAGAUUACAGGGAGAAAGCAUGGGAGAUUCCUGGAGGCUGAUGGCAUCAUGUAAAGGACCCACAAACUUCCAUGAGUGGCCAAUCAUAAGCAUACAAUAAAUCAUUCAUAAAGAGAAGCUCUUACUCUGCAAGUUUCUUGCAGGUUCACUUAAAGCUAUUUAUACAUACAUUUACAAGACAUCACACUAACUCCACAAGACUAUGUGUCAUGGAUCCUUAAGGCUCUCAGUGUGAUUAAUUGCACUUUCAGCCAGACCCUUCUACUAAGGGUAGAACUCUCCCCUUUUCUACAUUUGCUAGACAGCUUUUUUCCUCCAUCCUGGCUGGAGAUGUGAAUGUGCCUCUGGGCAUAUGCAGAGUGUCUUCUUUUCCAGUCUUCUAAGGGCUUGGCAGCCAAGGAAGGCUUGAUCUCUGUGCAUCCCCCUCUCACCAUAAAGCACAGGAUUUCUUCUUGUCUCUGCCAAGACUAGACAUAAUGACUCAGAAAAUGCUCCUAAGGAAGUUGUGCUGUUCUGGUCCUUUAAGCCCUCUCAGUGUCUCUCUUUUGCUAAUCUCCAAUACCUUAAACACCCAAUGACAUCAAGGGAAGCUCUGGUUUAACCUUAACCCCUUAUCCAUCAGUUUUGGAGACGAGGCAGGGGCCGGAUUUGUGUCUCUAGAUUUGCAAGCGUGGGAACCUGGUUUUGAAGGUCUAGAAAACAGGACUGAGCGACAAGCCAGGAUAGAGGAAUUAGGGGCUGCUGGAGAUUGCAGCGGGGCGAACAUCCCGGGAUCAAAUCUGCUUGGUGCUCCUUUUGCUUUUAGUGGCCUUCCUCCCAAACCGCACCUGUGUGUGUCAAGUAGGUGUUUGCCAGUUUCGCUCAGCUGUGUUUAGCCGUGUAAGGAGUGGCCCUUCUCCCCUUCUCUGCCUGCCCUUCUCAACCGCGGAAGCGACAAAAAGCCCUCACCGAUGGCUCUGCUUUUGCAAGCGGUGAGCAGGUGUGCUAUUAUAAGCUGUUCAGCCAGACAGGUGACAUUUCCUUUUUAAAAAAACACAAACAAACCAGAUGACAGGCAUUCAGCUCUGUGUGUAUAGCAACAUUGGGGGUGGGAGCAGCAAGUCCCUACCCUUUCACAGAUGCAUGGCAGGCCGGCCGAAAUUAAACAAGGAAACAUUCCUGAUAUACCUAAUGAUUGCUUGCUUAGCAACUGUAAAGGUGGUAAUCAGGGCCAGCGUCAAAGGGAGGCAUGGUGGGGCACCUGUCAAGGGCCCAAAUCCAAGGAGGGGGCCCCUGACAAGAGCCUCCCUGGAGUUGCUCCUCCACUGUUGCAACCUGCUUGUUCACCUGCCCCUUGCUCUGCCCCAGGCAAAGGUGAUAGUGAGAAGGAAGAGCACCAGUUACUCCUGUUUUGUUGCACCUGGGUCUCUGCCUGCCAAGCAAGCAAGUGGGAGCAAGGAUGCGAAAAAGGGUGACAAGCAAGAUCAGUUGGCGACAAUGGCAGUAGGAAAAGUGGGCUGACUGAGAGCAGGGUGCCCAUUGGCAGUGUCUUGCAAAAGGGUCUUUGGAGACCUGCAGCCGGCUCUGACAGCAGUUGCUACAUCCUGCCCUGCUUCUACCCAUAACCCACCAGGUUCCUCGUUGGCACCACCUUGAGGUGCUUCCAGACAGAGGGAUCAUAGCACAAUCAAUUGGAAGGUUUUGUGCAGCAAUUUCAACUUUUUCUCUCUUCUUAAUGCAUUGUGUGCAGUAAGAAAAAAAGACAGAAGAAGCCGUAGGAAAACGCCAGAGUGGUGGCUUCAUCCAGAAACCACCACUCCCAAUUCUGCGAAUAGGGCAGGACAAUAGUGCAAUAAAAGCCUCACCGGGAAGCACCCCUGCUCAAUAAGAUACUGUCCCGUAGGCUCUCUUAAGGGUCUAGUAUUUAUCAAAUUAAAGUUGCCUAUGCCCGUGCUAUCAAUAGCUGAUGAUACUGUAUAAGGGGAAUAGUAGCAUUUGUAAUGCUUUCAGAUAUACAAGUAUGUACAAUGCACCAGGGAAAAUAAGUAAAUAUCUCUUAAGGAUACAUUUCAGCAGGAUAGCUAUGUUAAGCUUGUAGCAAAACCCAUGUUUUUUUCUGGCACCUUAAAGAUUAAUAUAUGUGUUGUAGCAUAAUAAGCUUUUGUUACCCUGAACCUGUUGCAUUACAAAGGCUUUGUGCUCCUCAAAAACUUGGGGAAGGAAAUUUACAUGUCCAGUAAAAAGGAUCAGUACAAAUAAAUCUGUGGAAAUGAUAAUAGAGCAUGGAAGAGGCCCUGGAAGUUGACGAUGCCAUGUAAAGGACCCGCAAACUUCUGUGAGUAACCAAUUUUGAUUGCAGGAUAAAAGUCUGGUGUAGAGAAGUCCUUUGACUAUUUUUGUCUUAUGCAAUUGACCUCCCACUGUUGCGUGCUUUACCUGGAUUCCUCUGGACUCAGUAUAUGUCUCCAGAGCCAUGUAGGCUCUGAGCAAAUUGUCUUAGGUCUGCACAGGAAUGAUCUUUGCCUGAGGCCCAGGAAAAGUGAUGCCAGUCAGAGUAAACAGUACUGGGUCAAGCAGUCUUGCCUGGUCUAAGCCAGUUCCAUAUGUAAGGGUGACCAUAUGAAAAGGAGGACAGGGCUCCUGUAUCUUUAACAGUUGUAUUGAAAAGGGAAUUUCAGCAGGUGUCAUUUGUAUAUAUGGAGAACCUGAUGAAAUUCCCUCUUCAUCACAACAGUUAAAAUGCAGGAGCUAUACUAAAGUGACCACAUUUAAAAGAGGGCAGGGCUCCUGCAGCUUUAACUGUUGUGAUGAAGAGGGAAUUUCACCAGGUUCUCCAUAUAUACAAAUGACACCUGCUGAAAUUCCCUUUUCAAUAUAACUGUUAAAGAUACAGGAGCCCUGUCCUCCUUUUCAUAUGGUCACCCUACAUAAGUUCCUUAUACAAAUAUAAAUGUGUUAGUCUUUAAGGUGCCACAAGAAGCUACUUUGUUGUGUUAUCUCUCAGAGAGCUCCUAAUCUUCUUUUAUUGCACUAAAUAAGGAAAAUUCUGCUUUUUUAAAAUAAAUAAAUAGAUGUGCUAGUUUACCUUGUAUUACUGUAAUGAUAAUAAACUUUAUUUUAUAUACAAUGUCCACAA